AAUGGGCAAUCAAUAACAAAUAUUGAAAUUGGCUAAGACUAAAUAGUUUAAACGUAAAUGAUUUAUUAAUUAAAUAGCAAACUCUGUAAUUGUAAUCACAGGAGCUUCAAGUGGAAUAGGACGUGAAUUAGCAUUACAAUAUGCAACUAGAGGAGUCAAGUAUAAAAAAUAGUAAAUUAAUUUAGAAUGAUGUUGGGUGCAAGAUCUGAAGAAGAAUUAAAAGAAGUUUGUACAUUAUGUGAAUAACUGGGAUCAAAAGCUCAUUAUAAGAUAACAGAUGUAUCUAAAGAAGAAGAUUGCAAGUAUUGAAUAAUUAAAGAAUGAGAGAUAGUUGAUAGAAGAGACAGUGAGAAUAUUCAAUAGAAUUGAUAUUUUAGUAUUGAAUGCAGGAGUGAAUGCACAUUCCUUUUUUGAAGAAUUCAAAGAUUUAACUGUAUUCAAAAAAAUAAUGGAUGUCAAUUUUUAUGGAUAUGUAUAUUGUACUAAGUAAGUAUAAUUGAAAUUAAAUUAGAUAUGCAUUACCAUAUAUAAGAAAGAGUUCAGGAUAAUUUGUUGUAAUGUCUUCAAUUUCAGGAGAGAUUGGAUUACCUUAUAGAGUACCUUAUUGUAGUUCUAAAUUUGCUGUAACAGGCUUUUUUGAAGCACUUAGAACAGAAUUGGAAGAUUUUAAUGUUGCCAUAACUAUAGUAUGUCCUCCUAGUGUACGAACUCCAAUGAGAGAUCAUGAUUUAUUAAAGAAACAUUCUCCUAAAGAUGAAAGUGAAGAUAGAAUUACUAUUUAAGAAUGUGUUUCAAUGAUUUUAGAUGCAGCAGAUAGAAGGGCACGUAAAGUAUAUAAAAAUUAAUAUUAGAUAUUCUUUCCAUUUAAAGCUUAUUUAAGUGUUUAUGUUAGACCUAUAUUUCCUGAUUUUGUUGAUAAAAGAUUAAAAUAGAAGGCUAAGUUGUGAG